AUGACCCCCAAUGGGAGUACAUUUCAUUGGUUGAAAAUGAAAGGGGGUUGUGAUGUUCCAAAUUUUAUUGAGAUAAAGGAAGAUGCUACAGGCAAUAUACUCAAUAAUUCUAUCACUACCGAUGUUGUGUUUUCUUGGUCCAUAAUUGAAGUAUCAGGCCAUCCAAUAGGUAGUCUCAGCUUUGAAAACCAGCAAAAGAUUAAAGAAUACUUUUCUUCGGGCAGGAAUAAUGCUUCAGUAUGGAUCAACGUUGUAAAGGCAAUUGACAAGGAAUCUCUUAAUCUAGUAAUUGGGCUGAUUGUCAGUUUUAUCAAAAUACGAGUAACAUGUGGCGCCACAAGCACAGAUAUGACAGUUGUUGUGGCGGCUGUGAAUGAAUUUCCACCGGAGUUUCGAGCUGAGACUUAUUAUGUCAAUGUUUCAGAGAGUACCUCAGUAGGACGGACGGUGUAUACUAUUAAUGACGUCAUUGAUAGGGAUGUAGAUGGACCAUCAGAUCGAACGUAUACCGUUUCCAGAGCUCUUGAAGAGUUUGACGGAACGCCAUAUUUUGAAAUGGAAAGUAUCAGUAGUCCAAUAAUUGUCCUGCGACGUGUUAUAGACUAUGAUGCAAUAGUUGAUGCCGGCAAGGUACCUACCUUCCUGAUCAACGUGAAUGUUGCGGACAUGGGUGGAAAGACGGACAAAGCUUUGUUUAACUUUACAAUUAUUAAUGAAGAUGACCAGCCUCCAACAUUCAUACCGAAAUGUGGCAUCGACUGUACAACGUGCUAUACAACGAGUGUCCCCUUAGGACAUAGAGGACCCCUGACCAAUUUUACGCCGGCAGCUAUCAGCGCUGUUGACCUGGACCAGCAGCACACAAUGAGAUAUAGUAUAAUUCAAGACUCAGAAGGAUACCAUGCAAGUUUUGAAAUAAAUGCUAAUACUGGUGUUUUGACUGCAAUCUCUGCUCUUCGACAAACGUCCGUUUUACUGAUCACGGUAACAGAGAAUUCUGCUUUACAAAGGUCAGCGAUUACGACUGUUCUUGUUAAAAUAGCAGAUAAAGGGCCAAUGAUACAGGUAGAACCAACAGGAAUUGAUAAAUCAGAAGAAAAUAUAGUAACAGUAACACCCACUGUCAGCAAAUCAGUAGAAAAGGAAGAAGAUAAUCAUAUAUUGAUAAUACUUAUUGUGGUUGCCAUCUACUCUCUCCUUGUCACCCUCGCUUUGCUUUCAGGAUCCAUUGUGUAUUGCAAGGGAAAGAAGAUGAGAGCGGUUAUACACGCAAAGGCAGGCUUCUCUCCUUUCGGCUCGGUAGAUACAACCGAGGAAGGAAGCGGUCAAAAACAAGAAACGAUGCAAUCAUACGGAAUGUUAACUACAUCUUCUGAUGCAAUGAGUAAUCAGCUUCCUCCGGCCAGUACAGAAAUAUAACAGACACUGAGGAAGAGAGGAAUUUAUCUACCAUAUAUAAAUACUAACAUCAAACUUUAGAACUCUAAGCAAGCGACAAAA